AUGGUUUCCAUCAGGCAACUCACUCUCCUCGCCCUCGCCACCGGCCUCGCAACCGUGGACGCUCAGUCCACUGGAAAGACCACACGAUACUGGGACUGCUGCAAAGGCUCUUGCGCAUGGUCUGGUAAAGCCCCCGUGAGCUCACCGAUCAAGACAUGCGACAAGAACGACAACCCACUCUCCGACGUGAACACAAAGAGUGGAUGUGACGGCGGCUCAGCAUAUAUGUGCACUGACCAGUCACCCUGGGCGGUCAGCGACGACCUUGCGUACGGUUUUGCAGCAGUAAAGCUUUCUGGCAAGACGGAGAGCAACUGGUGCUGUGCAUGCUAUGAACUGACAUUCACAUCCGGCCCUGUCUCAGGCAAGAAGAUGGUCGUGCAAACCACCAACACUGGCGGCGACUUGGGAGACAACCACUUCGAUCUCGCUAUACCUGGUGGUGGCGUAGGCAUUUUCAACGCCUGCACUGCACAAUUUGGUGCGCCACCCAACGGAUGGGGCCAGCAAUACGGCGGUAUCUCUUCCCGCUCCGAGUGUGAAAGCUUCCCUCAGAAGCUCAAGCCAGGUUGCGAAUGGAGGUUCGAUUGGUUCAAGAACGCUGAUAACCCAAGCGUUUCUUUCAAGGAGGUUACUUGCCCCAAAGCUUUGACCGAUAAGACCGGUUGCGUUAGGCAGUAG